UCUGUUUAUCGGUACAACUCGCGUUUUCAGGUGAUGUCUUGUAGUAGUGCUGUUUUGUGGUUUACCAUAAUUUUGACCGCUUCUAAGGAUUAUGUAUGUCGAUUGGGUUGAACGUGAUAUAGUAUGAGCUAAAGGGUCAUUUGUGAGAGUCAAUUUGAAUAUAUUAACCAAGGUGAAAUAAGAAAACUAGCACUUGGGAGGAAUUGAGAGUAUUUUGUGGCUUGUGAAGUGGGCCAUACAUGGAAAUGAUGAUUAUGAUCGGUAUAUCCUGUGUACUAGCGAUUGACGUCCUGGAUUUUGUUUACCGGAAAAGAGUGUAAUCGAGAAGUGGUAUGCAUUGAUUGAGUCGAUAUCGGUGGAUGAAGCGAAUACUUGAAUGAUAAGUUUUUCAGCGCCUAACGCUGAAGUGAAACAAGGGAUAAACCUGAAAACAAAAACCUCAAAGGAUAUUGAAUAUUGAUUUUACUCGUGGAUACUAAUCUCUGGAUUAAUCUAUUCGGAUACAUGCAGAAAACAGACAUUAAUUGAUCAGCGGAAGGAAGCUCAAAUGUUGUAUAAUUUCUUAUCGAUGUUGGUGGUUCCAGAUCAGGAUUGGGUAGCGAUAUUAUAAUUCAUGAGAUGCCGGCAAAGCGACUGUGGAAGUGAUAGAGGGAUAAUACACAAUUUGAAAUUUCCUUGUAACAUGCUCCGCCAUAUCCUUGGUGUCGUAUUUUGAUAACCACAGUUUAAACGAUGUUUUUGAGUUACUGGUAAGAUCCGAGAAGCUGCAGGCGUUCAAAAGAAAUCACCGAUAGCACCCAAAGAACCAACUAUAGUGUAAGAGUGACUUGGGAAAAAAACACGAGUAAACUUGUCAAGCGGAAGUGUGAGAAAAUUUAAGCACGUUUAGGAUACUUUCCAGCAUCCAUAUCGUACAUCAUAUUGUGGUGCCUGUUGUUGUUCAGUUUGAGUGAUUGCCUUCACAGAGCUCUAGUGCGAGUGCCGCGAGAUUGUCUACAUCGAUAUUUUUACCCUCGCGAUUUUCCGGUAUAACAUUUGGUCGUCUGGUUGUGAGGAAAGUGAAGGUGCUUCUGACAUGAUCAAAAUUUUACAGGCAUAAGCAAAAGUAAAUUUAUCAUCAGCAACAGGAGUGUGUUAUUGCUAGUAUAGUCGGUGGAAAACGACGAUGCGAAAAAUGUCGUAAAUUGAAUUUCCUUCAAUUUGAUUCUUUCGCUCUUUUCGAAAACCGCCCUUCUUGUUAUCGACGUGUGAUUUGCGCCACCAUCAUUUCUUCGAAUCAACACUUUCUGGAGAAUCCGGCGCUCUAUCUUGAUUGUGGAAGAAAGUCAGUAAAAAUGAUACUGGUUCAAGAUAAAGCCCAACCGGUGCCAUCGGUGUUCCGGCGGUGAAACUCCGAGCAGCAGCAGCAAAACUUGGUACAACACCCAACGUACAAUGCCAGGAGCAGUAGCUAGUAGUACCGAGACUAUGGCCACAGUCACGUAAUAUUGAAAAUUAUGGCAGAGAAGGAAGCGAUUCGCUAUCGGUAUGACUCGUACACGCCGCUCAUGAAACAAUCAUCAAAUAAUGGAAUGAGCACGCUACAGCGAAGUGAGAUGAGCACUGCUCUUAAAAAUGGAACCCAAACGUCAACAACGAUUGCGAUAAGCGCCAAGAAAGCUCCUUCAAAAUCUGGAUGUUGUUCAUGUCAGAACCAAAAAUCCUCAGCAUUCUGGGCGGCCUUGCUUACAAAUUUGGGAAUUUGUACUUUGCUGUUCGGAUAUACUCUGUUGGGGUCAUUCAUCUUCCUGGCGAUAGAAGGUGGUGCCUCUCAGAUGCAGCAGCGAAUGUUGGCUUCCACCAAUCGCCAGCUGAAGCCAUUAUCAGCACGUAGCGACAGCAAUCUUACUCUUUCCCAGCAAUUGCUGCACGAAGCCCUGGAAGCCAGACAAAGAACCGUUGAGAACAUUUGGGAUAUUACAGUAUCGCUAAACAUUCUGUACCGUGAAAAUUGGACCAGGCUCGCAUCGUUGGAGAUUGCCCGCUUUCAGGAGCAAUUAAUCAAGCGGCUAACGGAGGAGAUGGCAUCCCAAUUGGACAACAUGUCACCGGCAGCCAGCGCCGUGAUGGUACCGCAACCAUUAUUGUACGACUAUGAGUGGACGUUUUCCAGGAGUUUCUUCUACUCCCUCACGGUGCUCAGCACAAUCGUCCCUCAUUUCCUGCGAGAAUUAACUUCCGCCAUACCACCAACAGCAGCAGCAGCAUCAGCGAGAAUUCUAUCCUUCGGAUCUAGUGUGCGUAGUGGAAGAAUUUGGAAGAAUUCGGUGGUAGUUCGGUUCCGGUAUCCCGGUUCCCCGUUCCGUACCGUCCAGAUAAGUCUGGCGGUAACCCGUGAGGUGCUGUCGCAAUCAUCGUUACAUCAGAUUCGACAGUCUGUGCCCCGAUUCUUCCCGCCCGUUCCGAGGAGCGUCACGUUGCUUUCCAACGCUCCGUCGGAUAAAAUUGUCUCGACCGCACCCGCUGGAAUUGCCCUAAAGCGGAUCCGAACGACACCCGUGGAAUACAGUCAACGUGGUGAAGUGUCCGGUAAACUUCAAAGGACGACCCACAUCAACGAACCAACGACCAACAUCUCCUUUGGUGAACCGGUUGGUGGUUGCGUACAACAUUUCCUGCAACACCGAUCGAGGUUGGGCCCACUGGGAAAGUAA